CUAUACAUAUACAUAUACAUAUAUUUAUAUAUAAAUAUAUAUACAUAAUAAAAUAUAUAUAUAUAUAACAAAAAGACAAAUCGAGAUGGAAUCCAACUCUGUACAGAAUAUAAUUACAAAAGUGCGAGAAAAAUUUAAAGAUGUUCGAAAAUUGUUGGAUGAUGUUGACAAAACUACAAUGGAAAGUAAACCUUAUAAAAUAAAAUAUCAAGCAAUUGAAAUGUUCAAAUCAAUGGAAGCAGAUCUGAUUAGCAUUUCAGAAAAUAUGUCACAGGAGGAACAAAAAGAAAAAGUCAUAAUGCUUGCUAUGAUUCACUUAAAUCGUGGUUUGUUACAUGCUGACACGGAAGAAUUAAAAGCAAGUGAAGAACAAUUUAUGGAAUGUAUAAAAUUAUUAAGAAAUAAAGAGUUAGAACCAGAAGCUAUUAUAUCAGUAUUAAGUGCUUUAAAUCAAUUGGGUAUUAUAUGGUCUCAAUGGAAUCAACCUAUGAAGGCAAAAAAUUUUUUAGAUCAAGCAGAGAAAAUUUAUAACAACUUUAUAAAUAUUAAUAAUCCAUGUAGAGAUCCUAUUAAUAUAGCUCAGAAUUUUGGUAUUGAACAAAUUAAAGAUGAACUAAGUCCUAAAGAGGUAUUAGAAAAAGUUAAUACUUUAACAUUAUAUUAUCUAGCUCAAGUAUAUAGUUCUUUGAAAGAUCAUUGUCAAUCUGCAAUAUAUUGUCAUAUGACUUUGCGGAAGCAAUUAGGUCAUAAUGAAAUUGUGCAAGAUUUAGAUUAUAUUGAUUGGGCAUUAAAUGCAGCAACAUUAUCUCAAUAUUUCAUGGAAAAUAAUAGUUUCUUUCAAGCAAGACAUCAUUUAGCAGCAGCAUCUUAUAUAUUACAAAAGUAUAAAAAUAUAUUAGAACAAAAAUCCAAAAAUAAUGAGGAAAAUGAAAUACUUGCAGCUGAAUGGGAAAAUUUUAAACAUAGAAGUGCAGAUGUUGCUAGAUGUUGGGCUAAAUAUGGAAUUUUGCUUAUGCUUUCAUCAAAAGAAAGACUUAUGCAGAAAAAUGAAACAGGACAGGAUAACAAACAAUUAAAUAAAAAUUCAAAAUCAAAAAUAAUUAAUGAUUUAAGGUUCAGUAUUUUAGAGAAAGAGAUAGAACCAAUUAUCAAUCAAAUCACUGAUAAAUAUUUAUUAGAUUUUGAUGAUGCUAGAUCAGUUUUUUUAAAUACUCAAAAAUGGUUAGAACAAGCUAAAACUUAUUAUACUUUAGAAAAUCAUGCAUCUGAUUAUAUAUUAAUUAUACAAGAUAAUUCUCGAGCUUAUAAAUAUUUGUCAUUCUUUGAAGAACAUGAAGAUAGACAAGCAAAAAUGCAUAAAAGAAGAAUAGAUAUUUUAGAAAAUGUUAUCACGGAAUUAAAUCCUCAAUAUUAUGAAUCUGCUUGUAGACAAAUUUGGAUUGAAUUAGGAACAUAUUCCGAUAUUCUUGAUAUAAAACUUGAUCGUUUACGAUCGUCCGAUGAAAAACCUUCACCGCAAACAUUAACAAAAAUUAAUUAUUUAGCAAAAAAUUCUAUAAAAAAUUUUCAAGCAUUUCUUGAUUCCUUACAUGUUCGUAAUUCUAAUUCUGAAAUGCAAGAAUUUCCUGAUGAAGUAAUGCAACCAGCUUUAUUUUCUUACUUUCAUCUUGGUAGAUUGUACAAUAAGAUGAUAACUCCUGAUAAAACAAUUCAAAUAAAAAAUAUGCAAAAUAGUAUUAAUGCAUAUAAAUUUGUAAUUGAUUAUUGUGAAAAAUAUCCCAAAGCAGCUGAGGUAAUGAAAGUUGAAUUAAAUUUGUGUAAAGAAUUAGUAAAUUUAUCAAUAAUUAAGUCAAAUCAUUAUCAAUCAAAAUAAAUAAAUAUGAUAUAAAAAGGAAUAAUUACUAAAUAAAAU